CGGAGCUGUGCGGCCGUCCGCAUCGAGCCCGCGUCUCCCGUCGAUGGGCGAGUUGCUCAGGCGAGUGGGGCCCGCCGCAGCCGCAUCCGCGUGCGGAUGACACGAUUCUUGCAGAGCGUCCCCCGCGGGAGGGCGAUGAGGUUAGGUCCCCUUCGCUUGUUCCGCAUUGGCGAAACCUCCUGUAAGCCUAUAAUAUCGACCUUAUGCCCUUGUCAAUGUCGACCAACAGUGGCGCGCGGGUCAUUUUUUUUUCUGAUCUCUGGUCAUAAAUAUAUAUGUUACUACGAAUUAUUCGCCUAAAAAAUGUUCGUGUGAAAAAAAUAAUAAUGCGAAAUAGCAACGUGAUCCAAGAAUCGUUCAAGGAUUUAUUAUCCCACCGUUGAAAGAGGGGUGAGGAUGUGCUCUAAAUAAUUAACCGUGUUACCAAUGAUGCAGUGCCAAUGUGCCGUCCAUACGGCUGCUAGACAUGCACUGUUAUACUAGUAAAUUGUUGGAGCAAGUGCCUGCUCCACCACAUCCGGUCCAGAUUUUCAGGGCCCAAAGAGUCAACAACACCCACUAGUAACCUGCCCAGUUCUUCGUCGAUUGCCUUCCUCCAAGCUCUUUCUUCCACUCUUGCCUUUCUCUUCCUGCCCAAAGAUGGCUGAGUCCUUUGUUCUCAACACUGGCGCAAGAAUUCCAUCGGUUGGCCUUGGCACAUGGCAAAUAGAGCCUGAAGCUGUGUGCAACACCAUCUAUGCUGCUGUCAAGGUCCCUUCUGGUUGCUAUAGUUAUAGUUCUGCCUCCUGAUUUCCGUUUGGAACGAGAGUUUCUCCAGAUUGCCGUCGUUACUUUUUUUCUUCCCCUAUGAAGCUUUGCCUUGUAAUGUUGAGGUGCAUUAUCUUUGUUUUGUCUUAAAGCAUUGGAUCUCUAGAAUGAGCUAUCUAAUCAGAAAGUCUUGUGAUCAAGUUACCAAGUUGUCCAUGUAAUUAGUUUCAUCUGUUCUGUGUGUAAGUGUGUGUGGGUGGUGUUGUACGGGUUUCUAAACCCCUUCUUUUUUCGUCUUAAUAUAAUGAUACACAGCUUCAGAUGACAACUAAUUCUGCCGCUUGCUCGACUUGUAUUCGGACCGUUUCUCUUUUUAAUACAAUGACACACAGUUCUCCUGUAUCUUUGAGAGAAGGUUCUCAAAGUUUUGCCGAAUGAGCUGACCCACCAGGCUCAACUACUCCGUGUCCAGCCACGGACGUUCAGAAUGUCUUCAUCGCAUUUGCAACGAAAGCUACUUGCAAUUUAUACUCUCUGUUCAGUUUAUGCCCAUCACCAAGCUCAGAGACCAGCCACGGACGUUCAGAAUGUCUUCAUCGCAUUUGAAGUAGGUAUCUUCAUCUGCCAUGCUCCAGCAACGAAAGCUACUUGCAAUUUAUACUCUCUGUUCAGUUUAUGCCCAUCACCAAGCUCAGAGACCAGCCACGGACGUUCAGAAUGUCUUCAUCGCAUUUGAAGUAGGUAUCUUCAUCUUGCCAUGCUCCAGCAACGAAAGCUACUUGCAAUUUAUACUCUCUGUUCAGUUUAUGCCCAUCACCAAGCUCAGUUUGGUCUCUGGAGAGCGUAGAUGGCCAAGUCCUUCAUCCUAAACACCAGUGCCGCUAUCCCAUCAGUGGGCCUUGGCACAUGGCAAAUAUCACCAGGUGUCGUUGAAGAUGCCAUUCGUGCUGCUAUCCAGGCAGGUUAUCAUCAUAUUGAUUGUUCUCCACAAUAUGGUAAUCAGAAAGAGGUCGGUUUUGCCCUGAAGAAACUAUUUGAGGAGGGUAUAUUUAAGCGGGAAGAUUUAUUCAUCACCUCUAAGCUGUGGUGCACUUAUCAUGAUCCAGAAGAUGUUCCCGAGGCAAUUGAUAACACGCUGCAGGAUCUGCAGCUUGAGUACUUAGAUCUUUACCUAGUCCAUGGUCCAGUUCGUGCAAAGAAAGGAACUAGGUUGAGUGUCGAAAAUAUCCUCAAGCCUGAUAUCCCUGCUACAUGGAAAGCAAUGGAGAAACUGUACAGUUCAGGCAAAGCUCAUGCCAUUGGCGUGAGCAAUUUCUCCUGCAAGAAGCUGGAGGACUUGCUCGCUGUCGCAUGUGUACCACCAGCAGUCAACCAGGUGGAGUGCCACCCAGUUUGGCAACAAGAGAAGCUCCGCAAGCUUUGCCAGUCAAAGGGCAUCCAUCUAUCUGCAUAUGCACCACUAGGUUCACCGGGAUCACCAGGAAAUGAUGGACCGAAUGUCCUUAGCCACCCCACAGUCAUUUCCAUUGCCGAUAAGCUGCAGAAAACUCCUGCUCAGGUUGCCCUUCGCUGGGGCAUUCAGAUGGGACAGAGUGUGCUCCCGAAGAGUGACAACAAGGCGUGGACGAGGGAGAACAUUGACCUGUUUGGUUGGUGCAUCCCUGACCAGCUGAUGGCAAAGUUCUCCGAGAUCGAGCAGGUCAGGCUCUUCAAGUAUGAGUUCGUGACUCAUCCGACGAGCUUUUACAAGUCCGUGGAGGAUUUCUGGGAUGGCGAAGUCUGAAGUGACCAAUGUGUUUCUCUGGUGCUUCAAAUGCUACGAGAUUCUUCCUUCCAUACACAAAGUCUACUCUUGUUGGUUGGAGUGCUUUGCAUAAUCGCCAGAUGGACCAUUCAUCCUUUAUUUUAUAUAUAAUCAGGAUCAUUCAUCUUUGUCACCUCCUCGAUGGAGUGCUGACCGGAACGAAAAGUUUGUAGUCUGUCAUGCGUUUCCAUGUUAUGUACCCAUGUCCAUUUCUGCCUCAAAGAUAGAAGACUGUGAAGUACGCAAUGGCUUGUCCAGCUGGGGCUCCCAGGAACUCGGGAAUUUUAAACCUU